CGGCGACCGCUGUGUCGUCAAAGAGAACCGAGAAGAACGGAGAGAAAGAGGUGCGGUGUUGCGUGACUGGUGCGAGCGAUCGUGGCGCGUGUGUGUUUGUUGUGUUGUUAAGCGUAAACGAGUUUUACAAGGUUCUCCGCGUUCUCCGCCUUUUCGGGUAAUACGCGAGCAUAAGCGGACGUAACUAGGAAAAACGAACCGGGUGCGGAGUAAUCGGGAGAAGCGAGGAAGAAAGAGUGAGAGAGCAAGAGAGCGAGCGAGAGAGAUAGAGUGAGUGAGGAAGAGAACGAGGGUGACCAGCGGGGGAGAACAGUAGUGUCGGCCGUCCGAUUGAUAAAGGGAUCAGCUUUGUGACGAACGGAAGCAACACGAUGUCGUCCUACAUCCAGGUAGCUGAGGACGAGGGUGAGGAGCCGAUCGAGCUGCCGACCGAGGACGACACCACGCUCCUGCUCACCACCCUAUCCGCCCAGUUUCCCGGCACUUGCGGCCUCAAAUACCGCAACCCGGAGUCCCGUACGAUGCGCGGCGUUCGACUAGUCGAUGGCCGUCUGCAUCCGCCCGAGAAUGGCUGGGGCAAAGCGAUCUACUUCUGCGUGUUCCCCAAAGAAAACAAACGUAAAUCUGAUGACAAUUUGGAAAAUUCCACAGCUAAGACUAAAAGAAUGGAAACGAAGUUGCGUUGCACUGACUUGAUUGUGCUUGGUUUACCAUGGAAAACAACUGAACAGAAUUUGCGCGAGUAUUUCGAAACGUUUGGUGAAGUUUUGAUGGCACAGGUAAAAAAAGAUGCAAAAUCCGGUCAAAGCAAAGGAUUUGGCUUUAUUCGAUUUGGAAGUUAUGAAUCGCAGUUGAGAUGCCUUGCUCAACGUCAUAUGAUAGAUGGCAGAUGGUGCGAUGUCAAGGUUCCUAAUAGUAAGGAAGGAAUGAUACAGCAAGUUCCCUGCAAGGUUUUCGUCGGCCGCUGCACAGAAGAUCUAACCGCGGACGAUCUACGAGAAUAUUUCUCCAAAUUUGGCGAAGUCACGGACGUUUUCAUCCCGAAACCCUUCCGCGCAUUCUCGUUUGUCACUUUCUUAGAUCCUGAGGUCGCUCAGUCGCUCUGUGGCGAAGAUCAUAUUAUCAAGGGUGUCUCGGUACACGUCUCGAAUGCCGCGCCCAAGUCCGAGGGAAACAAUAAAAAUUUUAAUAAUCAAGUUAACUCGAACAUGAGGGGCGGCAGGGGCGCGCCGGGACCCGUCGAUAAUAACGUCCAGGGCAAUUAUCAGGGUAACCGUUAUAUGGGCCAUUCGGGCAACAAUAUGGGCCCGAAUGGCUGGAAUAAUCCGGGGAAUCGCGGUAAUCUCGACAUGCCGAAUCUACAAGCCCUUGGUAUCACCGGUCAAAACAACGGUGGUGGUGGUGGAGGCGGUAUGUCGAAUCCGCUGGCGAUGGGUGGUCUGAAUCUGUCUGCGUUACCGGUCAAUCCGGCAUUGGUGGCCGCCGCUCUGAACCAGGCGUCUUGGGGUCUGAUCGGCAAUCUGCAGAACCAGGGAAACGACCAGGGUUAUUCGAACCAGCCGGGUCCACCGGGCCAGCCGCCCUCCGGUAACAACAGUAUUGGUAACAGCGGCAAUUCUGGCUUUCUUAGCUGGAUGAACCAAGGCGGCGGUGAUGGCAAUACUGGCAAUCCCGGCACCGGCGGCCCCGGGCCGAAUAACCCGAACGCGUCCCAGGGCGCCUGGCAGAAUCACCCGGGUCAGCGCGACCAGAAGUCGAAUACCUUUCUCAAGUACGAGUAAAUUCAACCGGGGCCGUGGGUCUACUCGUAAAACCAAACGGAUCCUCUAUCCACGGGUCCCGAUGCAACAACCAUAACGAACGGUGGUAACUAAUGAGGUCGAUAGUUCUAAAAGCGCGUCGAUCUCAGAAAAAGAAAAAGAACCAGAGCCUAUAGUACGUUGACGUUUUUUCUAAUGUUUUGCACUAAUCGCCACUGCGUGUAUUAUAAUAUUCCGAGAUCUUAUCCACUCUUAUUGGUUUGACAAAUUAGCACAAUUCCGUUCGUUUAGGUUUACGACAAUUGAAGGCGGAUAGCUUCGAUCAUUCGAAUAUAUGUGCGCGAUUUUUGCGUCACUCUCUGGUGUGAGCGUUCGAUGAAUAGUGGCAUGAAUAAAAUCAAUACGUAUGAAGUUGAUGUGUGAACAGCUUAGCUGUACAAUGAUGAGAUUGCACGAUCGAAUACAUUUAUUGCUUAGCAUAAUAAUUGGUAAACGUGUAAUUUACUUGUACAAAGAUACCUGACGAGAUAUGAGUCCCAAGAAGACUUCGGCUACUUUAUUUAGCCUGGAUCUAUAGGUAAAAUUUUAAGCCUUAAACCAUACGAAAUGAAUGAAUCGUAGUCGAUUGUUCUCGCAUUUGACUGUCAAUCUUUUACAAUCUGGUUUAAGGCUUAAAACACCUAUUGUAGAUCCGGACUAAAUUAAACCCAGUGAAAUGUAUACCAAAAUAGUCUUACU